AUGACUGAGACUUCUGAAGCUGUUCCAAAUUUUGAAGAGAUGUUUGCCAGCAGAUUCACAGAAGAUGACAAAGAAUACCAAGAACCCCUGAAACACCCUCUGGAGUCUCCUCUGAUUGUUGAGGAAUGGAAUAGCAGAGCUGGUGGCAAUCUGACAAACAGACGCAAUUGGUUGCUUGUUCUUAACAGCAUCGCCAUGAUUAGUAUCUUUUUUGCUCAAGACCAAAAUAAAGAGGGUGGAAUGGAGAAAGGACAGAGAGAAAUAUUCUUAAAGCAAAAGCAAGAAGAAGAGAAUAAAGAGAACAAGGUUAAAAGACGGACUAAACUCUCAGAAAGUGGGGGGUCUCUCACUCUCCCGGGGUCUUCCACCCUCCCGGUUCCCGGCUCCGAAGCUGCACUCGGAUUAACAACAUCCGUCCCCGGGGACAGCCUCGGGCGUUUAGAGAUCGGAAAGCAGAAACCGAAUUCACCUCGAGGAAACAAAGAACACAAACUCUCAGACUCGAGGGCUGGGCGAGGGAACGGCUUUUCCCACCCGACCAACGCGGAGGUUUCCGGGCUGAAGACGGGGGCGCCGCCACGGGACCCGGGAAAGUCACGUUUGCUCCAGAAAGAGGCAGCCGAGGAGGCCCGGGUCCCCUCGCCCCGCCCGGUCCCACCCGCCCGAGGGCCCGACUGCGGCCCGGCCGCUCCCCGCCCCGCGCGCGGCCCCGGGCCCCCGCCGCCCCGCACCUACCCGGCUCCGCGGUGCUGCCUCCCCGCGCGGCGGUCGCGGAGCCGAGCGCUCUCGUGCUUCCUCCUUCCCGCAGGGCCGCCGGGCGCUGGCGUUUCCUCCCAGACGCGUCACGGCGGCCGGCUCCUCCCGCAGGGCGAAGCCGGGCGACCGGCAGCGCGCGGGGAAGGCGCCCGCUCCGGGCUGAGGGGCGGCCCGUCCCGGGCCGGAGCCGCGGGCUGGGCGAUACCCCCAGCCGCGGAGACCCGCGCUCCGCCCGCUUCCCCGAGGACCCUCGCGAGAGCCCCCCGCCUCGUCCGGGGCGCCAAGUUCGGGGGACCCCGCAGUAACCCGCCUAGACUCCCCGGGGUUUUCCGCUGCUCCGCGUGUAGUGACCACUGCCCUGGGGCCCAGGAGCGCUGUGGGCCAUCGUGCCCGGGCCCGGCCGGGGAUCCUGACCCCGGUGCGCGCGGGGGGCAGGACAGCCCGACCCCCGGAGGCUCCCCCAGAGCAACCCGGGAAUGGCCUGGUGGGCAUGUGCAGUGGUGUAAUGCGAAAGUAUCCAGAUAA